CACUCUUAAGACUAGGGGAUAGGAGUAAUAAAGUACAAGUAGUAGUUGCUGUUGCUAAUUAUAAUCCAUACUAAUAAUCAAACGACCUCCCCUCCCUUCUCCUUCUCCUUCUUCUUCUUCUUCUUGUUGCAGGUCACAUGGGAUAGAUAGAUACUCCUUCCUCCUUCCCCCUCUCUUCCAAUCCUAAUCCUAAUCCUAAAGAAAGAAGUUGGAGAAAUCUCACGGCGGAAUCAAUCCCACGCGAUUCGUCGUCGAUCUGGCCACGGCACUCCGCUUCUCUCUUCUCCUCUACUCCAGCACAGCAGUAUGAGUAUGAAUUAGGAUAGGAGGGAGGGAGGGAGAGGAAUAGCAUAGCAGCAGCCUGCAGGCGGAGGAAUUCCGCCCGAUUUGAUUUGGAUUUGGGAUUCUUCUCUUUCGUUUUCGUGUGUUUUUUUUUUCUUUGUUACUACCCUUCAAUUCCUCCCUUUAUUUGGGGCCAAGCCAAAGCCAAAGCAAUCAACCCCGAUUUCACGCCGCAAGAUUCUCUUCCUUCUCAUGCACCGCCUCUUAAUUUCUUCUUCUUUCUUGGGGCCAGACCCCAACCCCCAAUCCCUUGACCACCAAGCUCCUGCUUCUUGCAAUCUUGAUCGAUAGUCUCCUCCAUCUUCUUCGUCAAGCCUCUCCUCCUUGGAUCUUUCUUACUACCUAGGUUUCCUGGUGCAAGUGCAACAUGGUUGGGCAGACGGUCAUGCGGAUUGUGCGCCCCUGCUUCAAGCCCGACCACCAGCUCGCCGUCGGCGGCACCAGGGAUGGAUUGCUCUGGUACAAGGACACCGGGAGGCACGCUUGCGGCGACUUCUCUAUGGCCCUCGUGCAGGCAAACAACCUUCUCGAGGAUGCCAGCCAGGUCGAAGCUGCCCCUCUUCUUCUCUCCCACUCCUCCUCCACCACUUUUGUCGGCAUCUACGAUGGCCAUGGUGGCCCGGAGACUGCUCAUUUCAUCGCACAACAUUUCUUCCCCAAUCUAAAGAAAUUUGCUACGGAACAGCAAACUGUUUCAGUUGAUGUCAUUCGCAAAUCCUAUGCUGCCACGGAGGAAGGGUUUCUCAAUCUUGUAAGGAAGCAAUGGCUCAUCAAACCGCAGCUUGCCUCCGUUGGUUCCUGCUGUUUGGUUGGCAUCAUCAAUGAAGGAGUUCUUUAUGUAGCAAAUACUGGUGAUUCCCGUGCUGUUCUAGGGAGACUUGAAAGGGGUGUUAUUAAGGCGGUUCAGCUGUCAGCCGAGCAUAACGCAAGCAUUGAGUCUGUAAGGGAGGAAUUAAGACAGUUUCACCCAGACGAUCCACGAAUCGUGGUCCUAAAGCACAACGUUUGGCGUGUCAAAGGCCUUAUUCAGGUUUCCAGAACGUUAGGCGAUGCUUACCUAAAAAGUACUGAAUUUAACCGAGAGCCUCUUUUGGCGAGAUUCCGGCUUUCAGAACCCUUCCACAAACCAAUUCUUUCUCCAGAACCAUCCAUAGAAGUACAUAAACUGUGUACAGAAGACCAAUUUGUGAUAUUUGCCUCAGAUGGGCUAUGGGAGCACCUGACCAAUCAGGAGGCUGUGGAUAUAGUUAACUGUGCGCCAAGAAAUAAUCGAGUAUAGUAUCUCGGGCAAAGUGAAUUUGCCUUGCUCAGGGUAUUGCAAGAAGACUAAUAAAAGCGGCUCUGCGAGAGGCAGCAAAAAAAAGAGAAAUGAGGUACUCAGACUUGAAAAAGAUUGAUCGCGGGGUCAGGAGACACUUUCACGAUGAUAUUACUGUUGUAGUACUAUUCCUGGACUCUGCUCUAGUUGGCAAGAGAUUCUAUGGUGGCCCAUUACUUUCACUGAGGGGUGGUGAUGGUGCUUCAACGCUUACACAGAAAUGAUGAAGAUCAUAGAGGUUUUCUGAGUGAAUAAUCCAUGGUAUCUUGGCUGGUUAAAGGGUGGAGCAUAUUAAUUUUGAUUCUAUAAUAUGUACGGAUAGACUUGUACCUUUGCAUGAGCUCAGGAAUGCAAAUAUUGAUCAUAUUACUCCUAUGCGGUUGGCGAAACCUGGGAGCUGCAUAACUUCAGCAUCUCCCUCCGCCUCUCAAGUCUCCGUUGUACUAUGUGCUAGAGAGGGCUUUGGAGAGUUUGAAGCUGGAGGUAGCCCUGUGCAAUGAGAGCCGGACUUGUUUGCUUUCAGCUUUGGACUUUGAAUGUAUGUCCAUCUUCACCGCGGCAGAAGAAAGAUCCAUUCCAUCUCGUUCAUUCAGUAUUUUCGUUCUGCGGUAGUACAUAUAUUUAUAUAACAGAGAACACAUGCAAGUGAGAAUCACAAUUUUGAUUGCAGCAUCGAAUUGAACUGCCCUAUUUGUAAAGCGUUCCUUUGGCAAGUCUUUGGAUUUUGAGAGCAAAUUAGUGAUCGUCAUCCAUCAGUUUGUCACUAUGUAAAGAGUUGCAGCGAUGUGAGCAAAAUAUCCAAUUUAUAGAAUUUGUUAGUUACUUGCUCUGCC